AGCAUUUUGGCUGAGACCAGUCUGCAGUUUCACAUGUGACCGGAUGGCGGAAGAAGAGGAGAAGAAGGAUGUGGAGGCCACCAAGGCUGAGGCAAAGGAGACACCACUUGACCCGGCGGAGAAGAAACGAUUAGAACGUGAAGCUGCUGAGCGGAAAAGAAAAAAUGAAAAGAAAAAGAAACUCAAGGAGAAAAAAAAGGCAGCAAAAGCCGAAGAGAAUAAGGAAGCUGGUAGCCAGCCAACAGUCAAAGGGGCUGGAAAGCCUGGGGGCAAAGGUGCCAAGGGCAAAGGUGGCGCCAAAGGAAAGGCUGGCAAAGCCCCUGGCUCAACCAAGCCAAAGGACGACGACGAGAUUGAGGUGGACUACGUCGUCCCUGAAGUACUUGCCGGCAACGACCAGCCGGAAGAUGAGACCUUUGCUGCGAUCAUGGAGAGAUUUAAAUAUGUGGAGCCUGAAAAGAAGGAGGAGCCUGAUGAUGAUGAGGACAAGCCCAAGAAGCGUGCGAAGCCAAAGGCAUCACUACUGGAGGAGGCGGAGGACAGUGAUGAUGAUCAGAAUGCUGGAAAAGUGUCCAAGAAGAAGCAGCGAGUGCAAAAUCGCAUGUCAGUUGCAGAGUUGAAGACUCUGGUGAAGCGUCCUGAUGUUGUGGAAGUCUGGGACACAACUGCUUCGGAUCCACGUUUGCUGGUGUAUUUGAAGGCAUACCGCAAUACCGUGGCAGUGCCUAGACACUGGAGCAGCAAACGGAAGUACAUGGCAGGAAAACGUGGCGUUGAAAAGCCUCCUUUCAAGUUGCCUGACUUCAUCGAAGCCACUGGCAUCGCCAAGAUUCGCCAGGCAAUCAUGGAGAAGCAGGCCGACAUGUCCUUCAGGCAAAAGAGUCGGGAGCGCGUGCAUCCCAAGAUGGGAAAACUGGACAUCGACUACCAGGUUCUUCAUGAUGCCUUCUUCAAGUUCGCCAACAAGCCCAAGCUGUCGAAGCACAAUGACAUGUACUACGAGGGCAAGGAGUACGAGACGAAGAUGCUGACGAAACGACCUGGGCAGCUGAGCGCGGCAUUGAAAGAGGCUCUGGGCAUGGAUGAUGGCGCUCCUCCGCCCUGGCUCUUCAACAUGCAGCGCUACGGACCACCUCCAGCUUACCCAAACCUCAAAAUUCCAGGGCUCAAUGCUCCCAUCCCCGAGGGUGCAGAGUAUGGAUAUCACCCAGGAGGUUGGGGAAAACCCCCAGUUGAUGAGUUUGGGAAUCCUUUGUACGGCGACUGGAAGGCAGAUCAGGCGCCGACACCAUCAGCCCCGGAGGACGCGACCCUGUGGGGCGAAGUGGAUGAUUUUGAAGAGGAGGAAGAGGACGAUGAAGUCGAGGCUGAGAGGGGUGAUGGUGCAGCAACCCCCAUGCUGGGAACAGCAACUCCACUGGUGGGAUCCGGCUCCGCAACGCCAGUGGUGUCAGGUGGUGUUCACAGCAUCAGCGGCGUCUCUUCCAUGACGAGUGGUAUGGACACGCCAGGAACUGGGACACGCAGCAAAAAGGGAGGCAUCGCAUCCGUCAGUGGUAUCAGCUCCGCUUCUUUGACUCCAACGCCACAGCUUUUCCAGGUGUUGGAGGAACAGAAGUCCAGAUCUGCGAAGAAAGGGGUGUACCCCACAUCCCACACCUACAAAGUGGGCAGCAGGAGCGGUGGUGGCUCAUCCACACCGAUUGGUGGUGUUGGCAGCUCCGGCACUGGAACUCCACUGGCUGGCAUUGGGACUCCCAUCGGUGGAAUUGGUACCCCUAUUGCUGGCAUCGGAACUCCUCACGGGAUCUCCACGCCACAUGGCAUUGGCACUCCUGGUAUGGGUACAAGGACACCUCAUGGAAUCACUACUCCAUUGGGUGUCGGCUCUGCAGGUCAUGGUACUGGCACAGGGACACCAGGAAUGGGAACGCCUGGCGUUGGCACGCCCAUCGGUGGUAUCGGCACGCCGGUGGGUGGCGGCGGAGUCCACACGCCAGUGGGUGGCAUUGCAACUCCGGUAGGUGGCAUCGCCACUCCCUUGGGCGGCAUCGCAACACCUGUGGGUGGAAUUGCAACACCGGUGGGGGGUAUCGCGACGCCUGUGGGGCAGCACACCCCAGCGGGUGUUGCCACCCCGGUGGGUGGAGUCUCAACUCCCACCGGGAUGCCUGGAGCUCCCACUCCGGUGGGUGGAGCUGAUACGCCUGGACCAGUGACCAUGAACCUGAACCCAGAGCAGGUGGAGACCGAAGGUAUCCUCACUGCGGACAUUAUUCGUCAGCAGCUGAAACAGCAUGAGGAGGCAGCAGCCAAAGCCAAGUUGGCCGCCGGACAGAAAGAGGUUGAGCAGAAAAAGACGGUGGCGAAGCCAACCAAGAAGAGAAAGGAGAAGACCAAGUUCAAGUUCUGAGCACGUGCGCACGUGCGUUGCUGGUUACACAUGCCCAGUUCGUGCACUUACUCACCUAUUUCAAUUGUGUUGC